ACCAACACAUGAGCUCAGAAGCGAGAAAAAGACUAUUGCUGGACCUGCGGAAGCUGAGGCAAGAACUGCCAGAAACAGUAUGCGCAAGCCCAGUGGAAGGAGAUAUAUUCCAGUGGCAAGCAGUAAUACUGGGACCAGAAAACACAGAGUGGGAAGGAGGAAUAUUCACACUCUCACUUAAAUUCCCAAACAACUACCCACAUAGGCCGCCAGUAGUCAAAUUCAUUACGAGGGUAUACCACCCAAACGUAUACCAAGACGGAAGUAUAUGCCUGGAUAUACUAGACAGAGAGUGGAGCCCGGUUUUCGACGUAUGCGCAAUACUGACCUCUAUACAGUCACUACUAACAGAUCCAAACAACAAAAGCCCAGCUAACAGAGAAGCUGCAGUUAUGUUCGAAGAAAAUAGAACUGAAUAUAUCAGAAAGGUGAAGGAAACCGUAGAGGAAAGUUUAGCAGUAGCAGAGUCACAGGCAGAAGGACAUGACCUAAGUGAUUAGGCUUGUUUAUAUC